UGACUCGUGUUAACCAAUCGUCGUGGGUGAUGGAGAGACUCGGCGACGACGAGUUGGGGCUGGUGCUGACGAGCGUCGUCCGUUGGCGCGACCGCAAGUCCUGCGCCCGCGUCUGCCGGCGGUGGCGCCGCGUCGAGGCCCUCACCCGCUCCGCCCUCCGCGUCCUCGACCCCCAUUACCUCCCUCGAUUCCUUCCCCGCUUCCCCAAUCUCACCGCCCUCGAGGCCGCCACGCCCAUCUCCGACGCCGACCUCGACCUCAUCGCUCGAUCCUGCCCUGACCUUGAAUCCCUGAACCUCAACGCCCACCGCAGCCUGAUCGAGCUCGACGAAGAGCCCCAAGGCGUCGAACCGCCUGACGUCACUGACGCCGGCUUGUGCGCCAUCUCCAUCUGUUGCCGGAAACUUAAAAACAUCUCUUUGAGGAGGAGGAAGGGAGUCGGCGACGUGGGUGCCAUCGAAUUGGCGAAGCACGCCAAGGGUUUAUCUUCUCUUGAUUUGUCCUGGUGUAGUAAGGUCACGGACCGGGCGGUCGGAGCGUUCUGCGCCUUGAACUCGCUGAUGGUCUUGUGCCUCCGGGGCUGCCCCUUGGUCACCGACUCCGGAUUGGCUUGUCUGGCCAACGGGCCAUUGUCGAGAUCCCUGAGAGUGUUGGACGUCUCUGAAUGCGAUCAGAUUACAGACCUCGGUGUUUGCUUGUUGCGGCACAUCCCGUGCUUGGAAGAAUUGAGUCUUGCAGACUGCGGGCCGAUGAUUACGGAUGUGGGAGGCAUCGCCAUUGCGUCUAUCGUUGGCCUUCAGAGUCUUGAUCUUUCGUGGCUAAUCAAUUUGUCCGAUGCCACACUUAUUGCGCUGGCUCGGAACUGCAGGAACAUGGUUGAGAUCAACGUGACGGGUUGUGAAUUGGUUACUGGUGUGGGGAUUCUUUCCUACUCGAACCACCCGGCACUAAAGAUCCUUGUCUUAGCUUCGUGUUAUGGUGUCUCUGCCAACGAUGUCGAGCGGAUGAUGCUGGCAAGUCCAUCUCUGAGGUAUGUCGGGUUGGACAAAUCAUUGAGGGGUUGGAUGCCAUCUUCGGUACAGGAGAAGCUGUCUCAUAUCUGCAGGAUAGAUUGGCUUUGAGAUGUCGAUGCAAUGGACAAUGUUGGUGAACUCAGAUUUGGAACCUCAAGGUAGAUCGUCACACAUCUGGGGAGCACGCAGGAAAUUGGUCUCUGAUGUUGAAUUGAUUGGCAAAUUUUACAGCAUGGAGAUUGUUGGUAUCUUUUUAAUGUUGCUCCGUGUCUUAGUGCACAUGUAUCGAUCAUGGAGAUUGUAAAUUUUACAUGGCUUUGGGAAGACGUGGUUGUGGUGUAAGAGACGUCUGAGAGCUUCAAAUUUUACCGAUAGAAGUUACAAAAUUAGAGAAUCCUGAGGUUACGGGACUUGAAACUCUUCCUAUUUUGAUAUUUCUUUUCUUCU